GACGCGUCGAGAAUUGUAACUGUACCUAGAGAGAUAAAACAAACAUCUUAUCUUAUCUGAAUGAUUGAUUGAUGGGAUCGAGCAACAUUCGCUGAAUCCAUCUGAGCUGCUUUUGGUCUUUCAUCUCUACCAUUUCAGCGCGCUCUGGCCAGUGCUGGGGGGAUAGACACCCAUCUCUGCCAUUUGUCUUCCACUUUAUCUAAUCUCGGCUGGGCGUGAUCUCGAAGACCUGGUUUCGUCAUUGCUCGCUUAGAGCGCUUUCCAGUUGAUGCCUGACGUCGACUCUUGAUCUGCCCCACUUUCAGCAUGCUGCCGCGUACCUGGCUGUUCUCACCAGACCCCAGAGGCCCUCCAGAGUGACUCCGUGGCGCCAGAUGUGACGUAUGCAGCUAGCUAACUCUAGGCCCGCUUAAGCAUGCACGUAUAACUGCAUCAUUCCGGCCGCUUAGGCUGCGUUAAUCUAAACUCCACCUCGACCCUGCUCCUCCCCCUCCUCUUCCUCCUCGGCGCCGUUCUCCGCAUGUCUCAGGUAACGCAGUCCUCGGUGAACAGCAGCAACAGCACACAGACCUUCCUCACUUCGCUCGUGGUCAAUGGCACCCUGCUCGCGGUCGAAGUCAUCGCGUUUGUGAUCCUGAAGAGUCGGCUGGGGAGGAUAUACAGCCCGCGCACGUACCUCCCGCCCCCAGCGAAGCGUGCGCAAGCGCUGCCGCCGGGGUGGUGGAGAUGGGUUCCAGCGUUGCUGGUACAGGAUCCACAGGAGAUUAUCCAAAAAAAUGGCUUAGACGCAUAUAUGCUUUUACGAUAUUUACGACUCUUAAUCAUCAUUUUCUCUGCGUUCACCAUCUUUAUCUCUGCGGUGAUCAUCCCAGUGGACACUGUGGGCAUGCCGAACUCGACUGGCAAAGACAGGAUCAACAGGAUAACGUGGUCGAACAUCGGAAAUAAUCAGCAAGACCAGAAGCGGUUCGCUGCACACAUUAUCAUGGCGUACCUGCAGACCUUCUUCGUUAUAUUCAUGAUUCGGCGCGAGAUGCUGCAUUUCCUGGACAUGCGCCACCGUUUCCUGAUCAGCAACUCCCACUCCCGACUCGCGCAAGCGAAGACGGUGCUGAUCACGAGCGUCCCGGACGAGCUCGCAAACGAACACGACCUACGACUGUUCGCGUCGUUCGUGCCCGGGGGGAUCGACCGCGUGUGGAUGUACCGCGACACGAAGGCGCUGAACGAGCUGUUCAAGCAGCGGCAGGCAGCGUGCAGCAAGCUCGAGACCGCCGCGUCCGGCGUGCUCAAGCACGCGACGGACGCGUGGCGCCUCAAGGAGGCGACGCACCAGAAGACGCGGAAGCACAAGAGCGACGAGGAGAAGGGUGUUAUGCCACUGGAGCUCGAGUUGCCGGACGGGCCGACGCCCGAGCUGCUUCAGGAGCUCGUCCCGGCGAAGAAGCUGCCGACCCAUCGCACGGGAUUCCUCGGCCUGUUCGGGGAGAAGGUCGACACGAUCCCGUGGUGCACCGAGGAGAUCGCGCGGCUGAAUCGGGAACUGGAAGACGGCCGGCGGGAGCAGGUGCAGGGCAAGUUCCUCGGGAGCGUGUUCAUUCGGUGCAAUCUGCAGCUCGGAGCACAUGUGCUGGCGCAGUGCGUAAGCUAUCACAAGCCGCUGUCGAUGAAGAACAAAUGGAUGGAAGCCAAUCCAAAGGAUAUCGUUUGGGAAAACCUCGAUGACGGCUCUCUCGAGGUGUCCUGGCGAUUCGCGACAUCUUGGCUUGCGACUAUCGCUCUGAUCGUGGCCUGGAUUUUCCCCGUGACCUUCAUCGGAACUCUCUCUCAGAUCAGCACGCUCUGCAGUCAUGUCCUCUGGCUGAACUGGAUAUGCUUAGCUCCACACCCUAUUCCCGGAAUCAUCCAGGGCAUCAUCCCGCCGCUGUUGCUCGCCAUCUUCUUUGCUGUUCUGCCGCUGAUCUUGCGAGGCCUGGCGUGGUAUGAAUGCAUCCCGCGGUACUCGCUCAUGUCGGUCAGCGUGUACCACCGAUACUACCUGUUCCUGCUGUUCCACGGUUUCCUGAUCAUCACCAUCUCGUCCAAUCUAUCGAAUAUCAUCACCAAUCUCGUCAAUAACCCAAGCACUGCCGUGCAGAACAUGGCCAAUCAGCUGCCCGGGGUUUCUGUAUUCUUCCUCACUUUGAUGGUUACCCAGGGUCUGGCUGGAGCCGGAGCAGCCCUCGCGCAACUGUUCCCUCUGCUCUUCCACUUCAUCCGGAAGUGGCUCACGGGCCGGACUCCCAGACAAGCUUUCACGGUGACCUUUUUGAUGCCAGCGGCCGACUUUGGCUUGAUCUUGCCUACGAUCUCGUUGUUGGCGACAAUUGGUUUCUCCUACAGCAUGCUGAAUCCCAUGAUCAACCUAUUUGCUCUAUUGAGCUUUGUGAUGUUCUUCAUUGCAUACAAGUUCCUGUUGACUCAAGUCUUUGACCAGCCGGACGAGAGUGAGACAGGCGGGAUGUACUUCCCGAUGUGUAUGUCCAACUUGUUUGUGGGGCUGUACAUCGAGCAGAUCUGUCUCGCGUGCCUGUUCUUCCUCAAGGCGUCGAUAUCGCCCCAGACUGCAGUGGUCGAGGCCGUGAUGAUGCUCAUCCUCGUCGGCUUGACUGCGGCGGCCCAUAUCAUGAUCAACACGAGCUUUGGCCCAAUGACCGAGUUCUUGCCCAUGUCGUUGGCCACAAAGAAGAUGGCCAAACGAUACGAAAAGCACCAGCAAAAGCAGGGGGACACUACUGCGUUGGAUCACGAAGAGGAUAUGUUCCAGAGAAAUGGUGCAGUACAUGUCCCUGAACCAGCCCAAACGUGGCAUUCCUCAUCGAAGCCAACAGCUCUCCGCAGUGUCCGACGCAGAAUCCAGCGUCUGCCGAAGCAAUUGGACAGCACGCUCGUCACACUGCGAGCGCGAGUCAAAGAAGAGGGCGAGUACCUCGCCAGCCCCAGCAGCAAGCGGAAGCACAAGUUCUCGGAAGACACGCCCCGCGAGAGCUUCGAUCCGUCAUCAACGGACUCGCCGUCGACCUCACACGAUCCCGCGUCACCACCGCCCACGACGGAGGGCGAGGGCCAGAAGCAAGCAGAGAAGCAGGUCAUAGCCGACCUGCCCGAGGGCGACGCGCCCGAGCUGUACCGCCCCAAAUCCCCCGCGCCGUCGCACACCUCCGAGCGGCCGCGCGCGUCACGUUCACGGACGCGGACGCAGUCGAAGACCACGCGCCCGGGGCGGCCGUCGAUCGACAGCCGGGACCUUUCGGACGAGGACGUGUCGACGGACGACGAGGAGGACACGGACGAGCACGCGUUCGACCACCCGUCGACGUAUAUGCCCCAGCCGACGGUCUGGCUGCCCAAGGACAGGCUCGGGAUCAGCGAGCUGCUCAUCGGCGAGAUGCGCGCGGCGGGCGUCGACGCGAGUGAUCUGGGCGCGAGCAUGGACGCGCGCGGCGUCGUCGAGGUCACGCGGAAUCCGCCUGACGAGGUCUGGGAAGGCGGGAAUGAUGAAUGAGGACCUUUUACGAUCUUUAGUCAUGAUGUACAGUAGAUACCCUGGCAGGCGGUCGUGCAUGCCGUGAUGGCGGCACCGAUCUGUCCUCGAAUACGAUGUAGAAUAAGGAAGGCGCUCGCAGUGAAUUAAUACUUCUACACACGGAAUGUAAUUCAAUGUCGAUUUUACAGAGCAGGG